GCACUGUCGCUAUGGAUGCGCGAGCUGCCACCCUCUGCUGUCUUCUGGUUGUCGGCGCGCUCGGCCAGCUCACCGAGCCGCGUCUCGAGGCCGGUGGCUGGCAGCCCGUGCUGAGCCGCGCGGCCGCGUCACCCGGCAAGCCGGAGUCCAAGCUCCAGAUCCUCAAAAGCGGUGGCGCCCGGAGCCUGCCGCCAAAGCGGGACCGGUCUUUGGGUGCCGAAGCUCGACACGACAUCCCGGCCUUCUACGUCUGGUUACCCACCGAGCUGCUAGACCACAUUCGACCCCAGGGUCAAAACUUUGCUCAGCUCCAGUCUCCGGCGGAGUAUCAGCGGUCCAGGCCAAACUACCUGCCCAACCAGAACAUCGACGAUAUGCCGAUCAUAGCGCAAAACCCAAACGUGGGCCUCCGGAGCCCCGAGGAUGGUGGCUACUCGCUGCAAAGGGGCAAGGGACACUCGUUUCGACCGCCAACUGAACUUCCCAGGCCUCAGGGAUACGAUAUGUCGGGUCCUGGAAUGACCGACGAUUUGCCUCCGUUUGUGGGUCGCCCGCAGUCGUCCAAGGCGGGUUUCAGCGGUGACAAACUCAGGAGGCCCUCCGGUGGCUACGGAGGAGUUCUUCCGGAUAGCCCGAAGACAACGUACAAUUUGGGUGCAAAGGACAAUGGUCAAACCUUCUUCAAGCCUCCGGGCCAGCAAAGAGAGCACAAGAGCUACAACGGAUUCGACUCUGGUUACCAGAUGCCCCCUGGACAGGGUACCUUUUACUCGCCCGGAAAGCCCGGAGGUCCGGCUGGGCGGCCCGUUGAAGAGGAGCAUCCUGAAGUCAAUCAGCUGGACCCAAGGCGUCGUCCGGCAUGUAGCCCCGUCACGUCGGCGGCCGCGGCUGUCACGAACCUGGGCAACCGCUCCCUGAGACAAGUGGCCGACAGCCUAGGCGCCGCUGCCUUCCUCGAUCGGGUCGGCAUCACGGAGGGCGAACUGUUGGCUCUCACUGGACAAGACGGGGCCUACACGCUGUUCCUGCCUUCGGACGAGAGCCUGGACCUGAUCUCUCCCCAGCUGCUGGACAAAUGGCGACUGGAGCGGGACUCCCUGCAGCGGGCGCUGCUCAAUCACAUCCUGCCCUCGCGGAUAGCGCUCGAGGAGCUCCAACGCGGUGGCACUUUCGCCACCAAGGCCGGAAACAACGCGAUGGUCAACGUUCAACGUCACACUCGCGGGAUCGUGACGGUGAACGGCCAGCGCAUCGUGGCGGCCGACGGCAGCGGGCCCCAGGGAGGCAUCGUGCACGUCAUCAGCGGAGUGCUGUCGCCGGCUGCGGACCGGGACGUCAUGACCACCAUCGCGGAGUGCGGAAAGUACGAGGGCUUCCUCACCCUGGCCACGGGCACCGGAGUCGCCAACAUGCUCAAGGACGGUCAGCACACCCUGUUCCUGCCCAGCAACGACGCCCUCUCCAAAGUGCCGGCGGAUGAACUCAAGGUUUACCAGAAGAACGUCACCGCUCUCAAAGAAUUCCUGCUGUAUCACAUCGCGGAAGGAAUCCAUUACAGUCACGACCUCCGGGACGGCCAGUACCUCAAGUCACUGAACAACGACCAGCCCAUUAGAGUCAGCGUCAACGUGGACGGAUGCAAUCGUCGCCUGUACGAAGCCAACAACUCCCCGCUGUACCGGGCCGACAUUCCUGCGUCGAACGGCGUCGUCCACGUCAUCGACUGGGUCCUCCUCCCGGGAGACCACAAGUGGUGCAACGGAGUCGUCCUGCCAUGAGCCGAGCCCGCAACGCGGCCCCUUGGACACGUGCCUCGGUCACGCAGCAGGCGGCACCCGUGCCACCCUAGUUGUCGAGCCUUCGCUUCCGUCCUGCUCGCGUUCAACUGCCAGGACGCGCUCGCUUAUUUUGUUAGUGUUUUCCAACACAUCGCCCGCACGCGCACCCCACCGACGGUGAUGGUGUCAAGCGUUUCGGGUUUAACAGCUCUUCUGCCAUGUACUACCCCGAACACAUCAUAAAGUGGCGCAUUACCGCAUCGUGACGUCCGAAUCGCUGGUACGAUUCGACGCCCUCACAACAACCCGCUCAUGUUCAGGCAUCUGACGAAAGUGGAUGCCGCGCUUCUUUGUAGCGAUCGACGUCCUGGCGUUAAUGCACUCCCGAGGAAGCGAAGAGACUGCGGCAUGCCGUUGCAACGUGCCCCUCAUAUAUUUUUUUUUUUUCGCGAACAGGUCAUUGAUGGCCUCGGGUAUCAACAACAGUCUUCUUAUUUAUAGGUGUUUCGAGCGAAGUUUCACAAUAAACGUCAUCUACUUCUCCUAGUAA